AUGCCCGAUAGUAGUGAGGUUUCUGGUGGUGUUCGACAACAAAAUACUUUAUUUGGUCGUUUAAAGUCUGAUUAUGUCAAUACUGCUAUGUACUUUGCUCGCUUGGGAACGCUGUUCUGCUGUGUCGUAUUCUUCUUUGCGCCAAUUUUUGCCCGUUUGCACCCGUCAGAUCUGGAGGUUUGGUAUCGAAGAGCAUUGUUAGCAAGUGCGGCGACUUCAGCCUUACGUCUACAUCAACGAAUAAAAAGUUUGAAUACAGGUUUCUCUCGAGAAGUCCUAGAGGUCUUAAUCUCUGAGGAUUCUUCUCAUUACUUGCUGUUUUCCAUUAUGUUUGCUGUAUUACCACCAGUUACAGUUUCUUUGGUGCCGAUCUUCUUAUUCGCCCUUUUACAUGCGGCCAGCUUCACGAGGGUUCUUUUAAAUACAUCUGUUUCUCUGAAUAGCGGCGGAACGAGUGAUGGUUCGGAUGCUCCAGUUGCUUCAUCGAAUAUGUCAUGUAUACAUCAAAUAAUACAAAAAUCAAUUGAUAAAGUGAAAGCACAUGACCAAAAUAUCUUACGUAUCAUUGCCUUAAAUGAAAUCAUGUUGAUGGUAAUCUGUAUAUUUAUGGCUGUUUCUGGACCUAGAAUUUUUGUCCUCCCCUUUAUUUAUUAUCCGUUCUUGAAAAUGCGUUAUAAUUCAAGGCGUAAUCCUUAUACUCGUAACGCAUUUUUGGAACUGCGUAUAGCACUUCAGAAUGUAGCUUAUCAUUCUAAGUGUCCAGCACUUAUUUCGCGUAUAAUUUAUGGUCUCAUCAAUAUUAUAUCUCAUUGGGAUCCACCUGCUGGUGUUUUUUCUGUUUUUCGUCGUUCAUUUGUUACGUUGUGA